AUGACAAACUAUGGUGUUCUUAUAUAUGCCAGCCUUGGUCUCGGUGGUUCAAUACCUCUUCUUCUGAAUGCGUGCUGGACGAGCUUUACCCUAAUUGGAAACACAUGGACGGCAUUCUAUGUUGUCCGAGUUGGUCGACGAACUUGCAUGCUAAUCGGUUCCAUUGGCUGCACCGUGUCUGUGAUAUGCGUCACACUCGGGCUCAGCAGUUUCUAUCUCGCUCCUGAGGUCACACUGGUUGCUGCCCCUGUGGCUCUCAACAGCAUUGUCUGGACGUUCUACCUUGUGCUCAUUGUUCCGUCUCUUUGCUAUAUUGUGGCAAUCUACUUCCUGCCCCCAGAAACGGAGGGUCGGACUCUGGAGGAAGUUGGAGCUCUCUUUGGUGAUGAGGCUAAUGUUGUCUCUCAGUGGUACAAUGUUACCCAGGAAGAACAGGAAAGCAUUGCACAAAAAGCUUUUCAUGAGAAGGCAGGUGGAUCUUCCAGUGAUAGUGCACAGGAGAGUGACCGUAAGCCAGCUGUCGUUCAUGAUGUAGGAUCUUGA